GCGCAGUCCGAGCGCAGGGCGCAGAUCGCUCAAGUCCGAGCCCAGCAGACCGGAGUCCGCACAUCCGAGCUGGGGCCUGGAGGUGGGAGCGUGUGAAGGUCUCUGUUCCCGAGGGAGGGGUCAUGGCCUCCAUGUUGCUCACCCGGCGCCUGGCCUGCAGCCUCCAGCACAGCUACCGCCUGCUCGUGCCCGGAUCCAGGCCUAUCAGCCAGGCUGCAGCCAAAGUCGACGUUGAAUUUGAUUAUGACGGGCCUCUGAUGAAGACAGAAGUCCCAGGGCCUAGAUCUCGGGAGUUAAUGAAACAGCUGAAUAUAAUUCAGAACGCAGACGCUGUGAAUUUCUUCUGCAACUAUGAAGAGAGCCGAGGCAACUACCUGGUCGAUGUGGACGGCAACCGAAUGCUGGAUCUCUACUCCCAGAUCUCCUCUGUCCCCAUAGGUUACAGCCAUCCUGCGCUCAUGAAACUCGUCCAGCAGCCUCAGAAUGCGAGCACAUUCAUCAACAGACCUGCCCUGGGAAUCCUGCCUCCGGAGAACUUUGUGGAGAAGCUGCAGGAGUCCCUGCUCUCGGUGGCUCCCAAAGGGAUGUCCCAGAUCAUUACCAUGGCCUGUGGCUCCUGCUCCAAUGAAAAUGCCUUCAAGACCAUCUUCAUGUGGUACCGGAGCAAGGAAAGGGGUCAAACGGGUUUCUCCAAAGAGGAGCUGGAAACGUGCAUGGUCAACCAGGCCCCUGGCUGCCCCGACUACAGCAUCCUCUCCUUCAUGGGUGCCUUCCACGGGAGGACCAUGGGUUGCUUAGCAACCACGCAUUCCAAAGCCAUUCACAAGAUCGACAUCCCUUCCUUCGACUGGCCCAUUGCACCAUUCCCACGGCUGAAGUACCCUCUGGAGGAGUUUGUGAAGGAGAACCAGCAAGAAGAGGCCCGCUGCCUAGAAGAGGUGGAGGAUCUGAUUGUGAAAUAUCGGAAAAAGAAGAGGACAGUGGCCGGGAUCAUCGUGGAGCCCAUCCAGUCUGAGGGUGGAGACAACCACGCCUCAGACGAUUUCUUCCGGAAGCUGAGAGAUAUCUCCAGGAAGCAUGGCUGUGCCUUCCUGGUGGAUGAGGUCCAGACAGGAGGGGGCUGUACUGGCAAGUUCUGGGCCCAUGAGCACUGGGGCUUGGAUGACCCUGCAGACGUGAUGACCUUCAGCAAGAAGAUGAUGACCGGGGGCUUCUUCCACAAGGAGGAGUUCAGGCCCAAUGCCCCAUACCGGAUCUUUAACACCUGGCUGGGGGACCCAUCCAAGAACCUGCUGCUGGCCGAGGUCAUCAAUGUCAUCAAGCGGGAGGACCUGCUGAAUAAUGCAACCCACGCCGGGAAGGCCCUGCUCACGGGGCUGCUGGACCUCCAGGCCCGGUACCCCCAGUUCAUCAGCAGAGUGAGGGGACGAGGCACCUUCUGCUCCUUCGAUACCCCAGAUGAGUCCAUACGGAAUAAACUCAUUUUAAUAGCCAGGAACAAAGGCGUGGUGUUGGGGGGCUGUGGUGACAAAUCCAUCCGUUUCCGCCCCACUCUGGUCUUCAGGGAUCACCACGCACACCUGUUCCUCAAUAUCUUCAGCGACAUCUUAGCUAACUUCAAGUAAAGAAGCCAUUUCCACUGCGCUCUGAGAAAGCCCUGAUCUCAACAGUUGUCAAAUUGAUUAGUUUGCCUAAUUCAUGUUUUCACUUAAAGUAUCAGAGG